CGGCUGCUGCCAUUAAAACCGCGAUACUAUACUAAUCCGGCCAUUAAUGCCCUUAACUCGAGCUCGAGAUCGGAGGCGAGGAGGGGCGUGCGUGCGCGCGCGUGUACUUGCUCCGCCACGUCGUGGCCCGUGUCGCCGUCCGUGCGCUACGCUACGUGCCGCCCCGCCAUUUAAGGCCGCGCGCCGCUCCCGAUUUCGCUUUCCGGGUCUGUCGCUGUCCGUCGGUCAGAGGGGGCGUGCGUGCUCGCGCUCGCCGGCGGCGGGAUGCUCACGUGCAUCGCCUGCUCCAGGCAGCUCGGCGGCGGGGUGCCGCCGCUGCACGAGCCGCCGGAGGACGAGGACGUCGUCGAUGCCGGCGCGGGCGUGGGAGGCGCUGCCACGCCCAGCACCCGGCAGGCCAUCAAGGCGCUCACGGCCCAGAUCAAGGACAUGGCGCUCAAGGCGUCGGGCGCGUACCGGCACUGCAAGCCCUGCGCCGGCUCCUCCGCGGGGGCCUCGGGGCGCCACCACCCGUACCACCACCGCGGCGGCAGCGGCUUCCGGGGCUCCGACGCCUCCGACCGCUUCCACUACGCCUACCGCCGCGCCGCGGGCGGCGGCUCCAGCGGGGAGGCCACGCCAUCCAUGAGCGCGCGCACCGACUUCCCCGCCGGCGACGAGGAGGAAGAAGAGGAGGAGGACGGGAUGUCAUCUGGCGGCGGCGGCGGCGGCAAGGAGGACAACGCCAAGGAGUGGGUGGCGCAGGUGGAGCCCGGCGUCCUCAUCACCUUCGUCUCGCUGCCGCAAGGUGGCAACGACCUCAAACGCAUCCGAUUCAGCCGUGAGAUGUUCAACAAAUGGCAAGCGCAAAGAUGGUGGGCUGAAAACUAUGACAAAGUUAUGGAACUUUACAACGUGCAGAGGUUUAAUCAUCAAAGUGUUCCUCUCCCUACUACUCCAAAGUCUGAAGAUGAGAGCUCCAAGGAGGACAGCCCGGUAACACCACCACUGGACAAGGAGCGAGUACCUCGUUCUUUACAGAGACCAACAUCGGGGGGCGGAGCGAUGGGUUACUCUUCAUCUGAUUCUCUUGAGCACCAUUCUAACCACUACUCUAAUGGCCUCCACCAUCACCACGGACACCAGUGCUAUGAUUCAGUGGGGCUGGAAUCGACACCAAAGCUGUCAAGUAUAAGUGGGGCCAAGACAGAAACCUCAUCGAUGGAUGCGUCAAUGAGGACGAGUUCAUCUCCAGAAGAGGUCGACAGAUCCGGUGAGCUCUCGGUGUCCAUCAGCAACGCGAGCGACCAAGAGAGGGAAUGGGUUGAGGAAGACCAGCCUGGUGUAUAUAUUACCAUCCGGGCUUUGCCUGGUGGCAUCAGAGAACUCCGCCGUGUUCGAUUCAGCCGAGAGAAGUUCAGCGAGAUGCACGCUAGGCUAUGGUGGGAAGAGAACCGAGCGAGGAUACAUGAACAGUACCUCUGAGACAGGAGAAGAAGAAGCACAGAUGAAAACAAUACCGGGGACUUCGCCGUUGACAUGAGCCAGCCGUCGAUCCAUGUUGUACAUUUGCAGUUUGAGCUAACAUUACUCCCUCUGGGCAGCGUGUGUGAGGUGAAGGCCUCGUCUUGAGAAACUGAACUAUAGUGAUCUGCUAGGCUCUCCCAGAUUAUGUGGCCAUCCACAUGCUCUCCUGCACGGUUUUUGGCUUUAGAUUGCGCAGGAACUUCGUUUGUGUCGGGUAGCUCGAAAGGGUGCGUACUGUGUCAUUAGCCUAGAGAUACCAUCUGUUCUGAAACUGUGGCUUGCCAAAACCAAUUCCCCACCUGGAAUGCUGGAAUUUUUUGUGGGUUUUCACCUGAA